AUGCCCAUCUGCGAAGGGUGUAUGUCUGUCUGGCCUGCCGAUGAUGCUGGAUGGGCUGGCCACAAGCGGCAGUGCAAGGCGCGACGUGCAGUCAAAGCACAGCAACUGGAACAGUUUCGUGAGCAAUUGCUCAUGGAAAAUAUACAAGAAAGCGACGAUAAGCGAGGAGCAGAUACACAGAGCCCGCCACCAUUUCCCCCGCCCCUCAAACGGAUGAAUACAUCCGGAGUACCGGUCGCCUCAGGCUCUGGUCCUGCGCCCAACAGCAAUGAAGGCAACAGAAAGCCUGUGUACGACUUAUCCGACAUGGAUCUUGAUGAAAUAUUAGGCUUUCGGCUACCUAUCCCUGACGAACCACCACAUAUUCACAUCGAUGAGGUUCCCUCCCGCCCCGAAUCUCCUAUCAUGGACACCGAAUCCGAUGCACCAUUCACAACUGUGAGAGAUCAAUUUGGGCUACAUCGCGUCUAUCCUUUUGGUGCUCCCACCUACAUUCCACCAAGUGAUCGUCGAUCAACAGUCCAGCCCACAUCGACACUAAAGGCGGGCGCACAGAUUGACUUCACUGAUUGUCCGGUAAAUCAAUCUGUCCGCUUGUUCUUGAACUGGUUUUGGAAGCCAGGAUCGCGGUCGAAGAGUCAGGCCGACGCCAACAGCCUUGUAACUGACGUUCUACUUCACCCACACUUCAAGAUCGAGGAGCUCAGCAAAUUCCGAGGUGUUGGUCGGGAGACGGAAUUACUAGACGAGUUCCUAUCCGAUCCCAACCUCGCAUUGCCAGCUGCAGAAGGAUGGAAUCAAACCUCCGUUCACCUUCCAGUUCCAUCAACACGUUCCAAAGCCCGCACCGAGGCUGAGGCUCCAAAAUACGAGGUGAAGGGUGUCUACUACCGUCCCCUCAUGCGGGUUAUCAGGAGCGCACUUUCAGAAGAGGCGGCUAAAGAAUUCCACCUUUUUCCUUAUCGCGAAUACUGGACCCCAUCCUCCGCCCCUGAAAGCCAACCCGUAGCAACGCAAAGGUCGAUCGAUGAGCUCUACACCGCCGACAGUUUCCUCCGUGAAUAUGGCACCAUCCGCAGGAAGGUCCGAGAAAUGGGUGACCAACGUGAAGUUGUGGUUCUAGGCCUCAUGUUUUGGUCCGAUGCAACUCAUUUAGCACAGUUUGGGACUGCCUCCCUUUGGCCCAUCUACACCUAUAUCGGUAACCUUUCCAAAUAUACUCGAUCGAAACCGUCGUCAAAAUCUGCCUAUCACACUGCCUAUAUACCCAAGAUUUCCGAUCGGAUUUUCCACUGGUUCCGCGAAACAUUCGGGGUCAACCUAUCACCAGCACAUCAGGCUUUCUUGAAAAAGGAGCUUGUUCACGCUGUAUGGGCGCUUCUGAUGGACCCGGAAUUCAUGUACGCUUAUGUGCAUGGUUUUGAAUGGGAGUUCUGGGACAAAGUUAUCCGUCUUGUUUUCCCUCGCAUCUUUACCCACUCAUCCGACUAUCCAGAGCGGUUGAUCAUUGCAUGUCUACGGUAUUUUGCACGUUGUCCCUGCCCGCGGUGUCUGAUGGAGAAAGAGGAUAUCUACCGAUUGGGUACAACAUGGGACAGGAAUUUCCGGAGGGACAAUGUCCGUGUUGAUAGUAAGGAUGUCCAAACCCGUAUUAAAGCUGCGCGGAGCUUGGUUUUUAGUGGCUCGGCACUUGGUAAUGAGGAGGUCGAGAAUGAGAUUCGGGAUACUUCACUCACUUUGACAAGAAGUACACAUUCAAUAAAGCUGGGAGAGCAUGGAUUCAACGUCUACAAUAUGCUCGUACCCGAUCCGCUCCAUGAUUUCGAUGUUGGCGUGUUCAAAUCCGUGUUUUCUCAGCUCGUACGGAUCCUUAAUGCACGUGGCCGAAAAUAUCCAACCAUGAUGAAUGAGCGGUUCCGUGAAAUUCCCCCAUGCAAGACAAUCAGGCGCUUCGCAAACAAUGUCUCUGAAAUGAAACGGUUGGCUGGCCGAGAUUUCGAAGAUAUCCUCCAGUGCGCCAUACCAGCGUUGGAAAAUCUUUUCGAGGAGGAACACAACACACUCAUCCGAAAGCUUCUCUUCGAGCUCGCAACCUGGCAAGCACUGGCCAAACUCCGUCGCCAUACAGAGAGCACUCUCUCUGAGCUUGAUACAUCCACCACACGGCUAGGCACCCUUCUCCGAAAAUUUGUCCGUGAUACCGAAGCGUACGAGACCCGUGACCUUCCAAGUGAGGUUGCUUCCAAGUCAAGAGCAAAGGCGGCUCGAGUUCGACGACAAAUGGAGGCAGGAGAAGGUGUUGCCGCGGAAGAGGCGGAUGGCGAGGGGCCUAUGCGCCGCAGUCUGAGCUUACUAACGGCAAAACUGCACUCACUGGGGCACUAUGUGGAAGUUAUUAAGAAAUUUGGAUCUAGCGACGGCUGGACCACGCGAAUUGGCGAAACCGAGCACAAACACUCAAAAGGGUGGUAUUCGCGUGCUCAAAAGGGUGAUGGUCGAUUUGUGGGGGGAAUUGCUGCACAAGAGCAACGGGAACGUGUAUUCCAGCAUCUUGAUACUGGUACUGGUACUGGCGCCGAGAAGUCCCAAGACACACUAGAGCCGAUGGGUCCUGACGAGCAAGUGAAGAUGUCGCAUGACAAGGAAGAGCCUCGCCUUCUGAGCAGAUGGCUUGCCCAGCAUAAAAACGAUCCCGCGUUCGAGGGGUUCUAUGAGAAGCUGAUAACCCACGUCUAUCAUCGGUUGCAUGGUUCAGACUACACCGAUGAUGAGCACGAGUUGACGGCUGGAGAGAGGCAGAUGGUCAUCAUUGAGAAGGAUAUGAUAUACGCACAUAAAACCGUUCGCAUUGCUUACACUAGGUACGACACGCGGCGCGAGAUCGACACUAUCAACCCGAGCAGUCAGGCAGAUAUCAUGAUGCUCUCGCAUGAUGACAGGGCCACAAUCCACCCCUACUGGUAUGCUCGAGUGGUGUCCAUCUUCCACGUUUGCGCCUAUCUCGAAAAUCCCCAAGACCCGGCCCCUCCCGUUGCAAAGGAUAUCGAAAUUUUGUGGAUCCGAUGGUUUGGGUUCGACUACGGGCAUCGUUGGGGCUGGAAGGUCAAGAACCUUCCUCGAGUUGGGUUUAUUGAUGCAUCUGUGGAUCGCUCAAGCGCCUUUGGCUUCAUCAGCCCGUACGAUGUCAUCCGAGCCGUGCACCUUUCGCCAUGCUUCGAGAGCGAACAAGGAGUGAAUGGCCUGGGUCCCUCAGUCGUCCGCAGACCUGAGGACCAUCAUCUCGAUUGGAACUAUCUCUACGUGAACCUGUUUUCCGAUUGCGACAUGUUCAUGCGCUUCCGAGGUGGUGGUAUAGGCCAUGAAUACGUUCGGCAAGCUACCAAUGUAUUUCUUAAAGAUAGAGAUGUCCUGGAUAAGCGGAGGGUCGCCGCGGCACAGGAAGAUUCAGAAGAGGAUGCCGAAGAAGAUACCGAGAGCGAUGAAGACGAACCAGAGCUAGGAGAGACUGUGGAAGACAUCGAGUCCUUUAUGGCCCGUAUCCUGGAUGAUUGGGACGAGUAUAUGGAGCAGGAGUUCCUCGAAAUGUUUGGGGAUGAACUAAAGGGUAGAGAGGAUGAUCAGGAGGGGCGAGUCCAUUGGCAGGAGGACGGGGAGUACCAGGAUGACGAUGAUGACCUGUAA